AUGACCAAGGUGUUUGGUAUCAUUGACUACUUCGGGCAGGAGGCCAGCCCAGGGAAAUUCACCUGCAUAGAGGUAAAGUUUCACCUGGAAUGGCAGAUGGGUUACUAUCUGAUUCAGAUGUACAUCCCCAGCCUACUCAACGUCAUCCUGUCCUGGGUUUCCUUCUGGAUCAACAUGGAUGCUGCACCUGCCCAUGUGGGCCUAGGCAUCACCACCGUGCGCACCAUGACCACUCAGAGCUCUGGCUCCCGAGCCUCUUUGCCAAAGGUGUCCUAUGUGAAGGCAGUCGAAGCCGUGUGCCUGCUCUUUGUGUUCGCUGCCCUGUUGAACUAUGCUGCUGUGAAUUUUGUCUCCUGUCAGCAUAAAGAAUUUAUAAGUCUUCGAAGAAGGCAGAGCAUGGAAAGUCUCCAGUCUCAGGAAGCCUUCAGUCCUGGGCAAACCAAGAAAGUAGUUGGCAUCAUCCCAACUACAAGAGGGCAUUUCACUUCAGGUGUUUUCUUAGCUGAAGCUUUUACUCUUGAGAAAGAUAUUAUCCUAGAAAGUCGCUUCCAUUUCCAUGGCUAUGGCCUGGGUCACUUCCUGCAGGCAAGGGAUGGAGGUCCGAUGGAAGGUUCUAGCAUUUAUAGCCCCCAGCCUCCAGCCCCUCUUCCAAGGGAGAGAGAAACCAUGCGGAAACUCCAUGUGGACCAAGCCAAGAGGAUUGAUACCAUCUCUUGGGCUGUCUUCCCUUUCACUUUCUUCAUCUUCAACAUCUUCUACUGGGUUGUCUAUAAAGUGCUAUGGUCAGAAGAUAACCACCAGGCACUGGGAAUAGGAUCAGGACUAGAGAGUCUAAAUCACAU